AGACAGGUCGGGUUUGUUAAUGAGGCUUCUGUUUUCCUGGGAGACUGAGGGUCAGAGCAGGAGGCUCGAGUCUGUCGCUGCGAGACAGAUCCUGAGUGAUGUUUCUGGGGAUGGAAUUUAAAGUUCGCUCUGUUUACGUUUAGUUGGGACCUGUUUGAGAAGAGGAGGGAAGGUCAGCUGGGACGAAGGAGGACAGGGGGGUCGGCUUCGUUGAUGAAGUGUCAGUCGUCUGCAGGGUUCAGAGUUUACUGAUCUGCUGUCAGUUCCUUCUGAAAGAAACUACUGAGGAUAAUACAACAAAUUAUAACUCUGUAACUGCAAAUAAUUCGAUUGAAUUUGAAGUUUUAUCAAAUUUACUUCGUAGGAUUGUUACGUUUUCUUUAAAUUUGCAUUUCAGUGAUUAAUUCUUGGAGGAAAAAAACACUAAUGGAGGAAUAGUUUCAAAUUGAAAAAACUAAAGUGACUAUGUAUGUUAAUAAACCAGUAAUAAGUGUAGUUAAGUUGUAUUAUUACCUUAUUUCAAAACUUGAAUCAUUGAAAUCUCUAUUUUCAUUUCCAUCUCUUUUAUCUGCUGUGUUCACUGUCACUGGAGCGUUAUCCUUCUUCGUGUCGUUCUCUGCAGACGUCACCUCGACACACACACUAAACUAUAAUCACACUGUCGGAUUAACUCUAACUCCUCCUCUCAGGGCAGAUUUUCCAAUUUGGUUCAUGUUGCAGAGGAUUGCAUUAUCAUUUCAGUUGAUUCAGUGUGGGCCGCUCGCCCGCUGCCCCCGGUGCAUGAGAGAGAGAGAGAGAGAGAGAGGAGAAGAGAGAGAGAGGAGAGAGAGAGGAGACAAUCUGCUUUAGUUGUGUUGAUGGUUUUUUUAUUUUCAGCCCAAUAAACGUCUCUUUUAACGGCUCCCUCUCUCAUCUCGCUGCUCGGGAAGUGACUGAUGACAUGCGGCGAGCUUAUUGAAAUUUAACCACGAAUCACCAGCAGGUUUGGAGGAGCGGGGGCCGUGACGUGAUUUAUUAAACACUGAGAACAGCCUCCGCAAUUCAGCUGCUGUGUUUGACUAACGCUGUCGAGCUCCUGAAGAAAGAAAGAGAGAAAGAAAGAAAGAAAGAAAGAAAUCCUCAAUUCAGUUUUAAUGAACAAUAAUUAUUACAGAUCCUUCAGGCUUGUUUGUAAUUAACACACACACACACACACACACACACACACACACACACACACACACACACACUAAUGAGCCAGUGGUACAGUCGUCAUUAAACAAACAAACCUGCUGCAGGAGUUCUUCAGUUAAACUAUCUCCAGCUUUUCCAUUCACUCCCAUUCGAGGUUCCGAAAUCUCAUCGUCCGUCUUUAAACUCCAGUGCAGAGGUUUUCUGGACUGUGGGUCUGACGGUGCAGGGGAAUCAAACACACGGUGUGAGGUGGCCGGGGGGGAGGAGACGCACGCUGUGACACGCAGCUCAUUGAGGCAGUUCAGGUGCUUCACUUCUGCCUCAGAGUCACGACUUCUACAAAUCUGAACACAGAGAGGAUGCACAUGUUUUUAUACAGAGUCAGUGUGAUUUGCACUUUCCAGGCGAUUCUAUCAUUAGCUCCAUUUGGAAAAGAAAUCCAUGAAGGGAACUAUUGGCUCUCUCAUCUGCUCCAGUCUUUGAUCUACACCACGGGGAACAUUUCCAGAACAGUCAGAUGAGGCAGAGCAGCAGAACAUCAAGUGCUCUUGUUUACAGCACAUCAACACCGGCGUCGGCCCUCGUCACCAAAACCUCUGGAAUCUCCUCGUCUUUCCAAGUCCACGUCUUCGUCUUCUCCGUGUUAGACGAGAAGAGAUGAUCCUCUGUAUUUCAACAUGUACAGAUGAAGGGACGUCUGUCAAUAUGGAAAAGAAAAGUCCUUAGAGUAUCUUGUAAUAUGAGGAAAGUUUAAAUAAUCCUGGAAAGGUCUGGGCAAGUUAUACUAGAUGUAUAUUUUCAUACAUAAACACUGGUAUUUGGUAUUUAUUCUUCCUUCGCCAUCACCUCAGGUUUUAUUUGUGGAGUCUCUCACUGGAUCCCAGUGUAUCCAGGACAAACCGACCUCCAGUCCCAGUGGGGGGGGCGCUGGCAUUUGCACAACACAGGACUUUAUUCCACCGCCUGUGACAAAACCCAGAAUCUGCAUUUGUUCAGAGCUCAGAGAGGAAAAGCCCCGGUGAUAAAGAGAGAUGAUAAAUCACAUCUGUGUGUAAGUGAAGCCGACUGGACUCGUUUUCCAAGCUGCAGGUUUCACCUCCUCUGCAGCAUGAGAAGGGAAAAACCUGUAAAACUUUCAAUAUGUUUCGAUGUCCAGCCACCAGCUCUCCACCCGGAGGUCGGGGGGGGAAGAAUACGUGUGUUAGGAUCAAUCAGGAUGGUUUGAUCGUCUGUGUGAUGUGACUCCGUCGAUCCUGAGAUCUGUGGAUGACCUUGUCGUUCACUCGUUACACGUGUAUGACCUUGGUGGAGCGUUUCAGGCCUGACGCAUGUAAAUGAAGUGUGUGUGUGUCUUUAAUCACAGUUAUGACUGGUCAAGGGUUUAUCGACUGCAGCAAAAACAAAAGCUGAUUUCACCUUUAACAGUGGAGGUCACCACGACUCAAGGAUCUUUUAAAAUAAUAUUUAAUAAGAGCAAGUUAUGAGUUAUAAUAGAAACUGCAAGAAAGGAAAAUGCAGUAGGGAUUGUGUUACACGUUCAGAUGCUGCAGCAGCCUGCACUGCGCACAUUUCCAUUAUAAUUAUCUAUUAUACAACAUAAUCUCAUAUGCACUCAAACACAGAACAAUGUGGCUCCAGUACCUGCAGCUGCACACACACACACACACACACACACACACACAGACACACACACUGAUCUCUCUUCUGUAAUUACAUUUAUUCUGAGUCUUGAUGUGGUUUCACUUCUCUGCUGCAGUAACUGAUCUGCAGUUUGAUGACUGUUACGAGCAGGUGCCACGAGCUUGUUGCUGUUUCCUCGAAGUGACGCUAAACAUUGAGUCGUAUCUCCUCUUGAUAAAGUAUUUUUGUACAUAUAGAGAUUUGGACUUAGGGUAUAAAGAUGGACGACAUGACAGCUUCCCAAACCAUCUUGAUCGCCCCCUAUAGUACAGAUCAUAAAUCCUGCCUCCUCCAUGUCAGCAGAUGGGACAUGGACCAAAUUACUGCUCAAAAACCCAUUUACACCCACCAACAUCUGGCUUUUGUCUGCAACGGGAAUAGAAACAAUCUUCAUUCACUCUCGAGUCAAAACACUCGGCAGGAGACGCAGGUUUUUAUCGACUUCGGCUCCGAUCGUCCCUCAUGGAAAGAUUUUUACACAAACAAUGUGCAGCAGCGAUUAUUUCUUUCGUAUUCUUGCAAGAUGGCUCCAUAUUUGAGAUAUUUCGGCUUCAGUUUCGUGCAGGAAGUGGAUUCACGUCUUUAUUUACGAUCUAUGAUCAGUGAAAUACUUCUGUGUGUUUCUCUGUGCGCCUGGCUCCAAAAGGUGAUAUUUCCUCUUCUCCGGCUCUCACACAUGAACUCACGUUACAAACGGAUCAAUAAUCUGCUUCUUUGAACGUAAAAUGAUCUGAAAUGUGAUUCCUCUAUGUCUCAUUAAAUGCCUUCCGAGAAACCUUUCUCUCCAAGAGUUGAUCAGAGCAUGUUUGAGAACUCCACCGCUCAGCAGCAGAGUCCCCAGAUCUCCAGGCCCGGCCAGCCCUCGGCCCGACGCACCCCAGCAUCGUCUAAUCCCAACCUGGGGUCCAGCACCGCUGAGUCUCCGUCCUCCGGAGGCCAGCAGAGGCUGAAGAACGCCAUCAACCUGGGAAAGGCUGUCGGGGCAAAGGUGAAUGACUUGUUGAGGAGGAAGGAGUCCUGCCACCUCGGAGAUAUCGGGGUAACUGAGGUCAACAAAAACGUUGGUGCCGUGUGGGGCCGCAUGGACCAACUCAACACAACUACUGCUAACAGUCACAUUUCCUCCCUCGACUCCUUCCCUCGGCUGGACCCACCACCGCCGUCGGGGAAGAAGCGCCUCCCUCGAGCGCUGAAGACCACCCAGGACAUGAUGAUCUCCUCUGACCCCGUGGUUUCCUCUCCCGACGCCGGAGACUCCUCUUCAUUCCUCCCGUCCCCCAGUAAGACGCCGCUCCUCGCCCGGGAGGAGCCGGGGCUCGGCGAGGGCGAGAAGGAGGGGGACGGGUCGACGGGCGUCUCAUCGCCUCCGGGUGCUGCAGAGAAGAAAGCGUUGGCUCGUUCAGAGUCGACAGGGAGCAGCAGCAAGGUGGAUGGAGUGACAGGUGGAGGAGGAGAGGAAGAAGGCCGGCGAGCUGACGGAGACGUGGAGGAACGUCAGCCUCAGCUGCAGCUCUCUGUCCCAGACCUCAUCAACAAAGACCCCCCGCCCUGCGACGUCUGGCAGAAGGCGUCAGGGCCGGACGUGCGGCUCGCCUCCACCCCCCGCUCGGGUAAAACCGCCUGCCGCAUCAGCCUGGGCGAGGAGGCCCUGCUGGGGAACGGCGCCCCCUGUGGUAAAGGCACCGCGGUGAGCGCCGAAGACGCGGAGCCGCAUCCGGACCUGCUGUCGUUUGAGUGACGAGCACAGACGGAGAUCAGACACGUUUUCAGUGUGAUUCAAAAAGUUUGGAACCUUUCUCCUCGCGCAGCAUGAAUUCAAACUCUUUACAUGUAUCCGGCUUCGCUUUGGGAAAAGGGAACACGUUCUUACCGGAUCCAGGAAAAAGGGUCUGAUCUGAUGCUUUUCAAACUUUUUAGCAGCUUUUUAUACGAGCGGAUGAGUUUAGAGGUCGUGGAGAUAAAAUCUGAAUCUGUAGACGUCAGGUCAACGAAUCACUACGAGCGUCUUUUUAACGAAUGAAAACAAGGCUGAGCCGCACUGGACGAGGGAUAAAGAGACAAAUGCUAAAGUUUAACUUUAUUAGUUUUCAGUAUUUUUUCAGUUUUGAGAAGAAACUCAUAAUAUUACGAGAAUUUCAAACUUUAGUCGCCCUAAUCCUUCGUCGUAAGGUUUAAUUCAGUGAAGGCUCAGAUUCAAACUAAGAAAAACAUCAAAGCUGUAAAAGAAUAAUGUUUUUAUCAUGUUUUAUCUCCUACGACAUGUUAAUGUCACGUCUGCUUUAAAACAAGCAGAUGAUAUAAUGAUGAAUGUAAUUAAUGUCAUGAAAUGUCCAUUUAAAUGGAACAUUUUAGAUGAAAAGCUUCAUAUAUCAUAUAUAUAUAUUGAAAAUGAACUGAAAAUGUAAAACAACAGUUCAACAGAUUUUUAUAUCGAUUCAUUGCAAAUCAUUUUUUUAUCCAUUUAAAGGGACAUUUCAUUACAUGUUAGUCGUAAAAUUCAUUUAUAAACGGAAGCUGCUAUGGAACCAGUUAGAAAGUGCAACUGGUGAGAUGAGACCAGAGUUACUGUAAAAGGCAGCGUGAAAAGAAAACUCUGGAGGAGAAGAAGGAGACGAGUGGGAGGAGCUGAACGAUGGUGGAUGUGUUGCAGGAGGUGAAGGUUCGGGGGAGAACUUCUCCUUCAGUCCAGUCAGUUCAAAGUGUUUCUGUCAGAGUGACAUCAGGUCCGGACGCCUCGUUGACCUCUGACCCUCGGCUUCAUAUUAAAUUCAUGUUCCGUAUUGAAUCGUCUUUUCAGUUCAGUCGGAGCUGAAGCAGCACGAAGCAGACGUAAACAUAAACUGCUUCAGCCAAUCAGCAGAAUUCAGACGAGUCGUCCAGUUAAUUACAGUCGAUCCGACAAAUCAGCAGCAGCUCGUUAGUUUAACUGACAAUAGUGACGCUGCAGUUUAAAGUUUUCUGUUACUGCUAAUAAAGCUGAUUAUGUUUGCGAUUAUUAGAGCUUAAUAAACCACAAAUCUCUUCUGUGCAGCAGUUUUCAGCCGUAGACUGAAAACAAAGAUGGACGACGUGUCUCCACUUCCUCCCUCUGUCUAGAGAUGAAGCCAAAAUAUCCAGAAUACUGACGCGGCCAUCUUGAGCCAUUGGUGAACCUCAGCUGUCAAUCAUGACGUGUGUCACCUUAUUUGUAUACAAUCAAAUAUCUAAAACAAAACUUUACAGAAACCACCUUUCAGAACAAACUCUUCUCUGAACCAUAAACUGUUGGACAUUGUCUUUUGACAGAAACACACCGAGUCUUGAAGCACGAGGACAUAAAGUCAGUUAAUUAUCUCUUUUUAUUUUAAUACGUUUGUUUUAACCUUCAAUCGGCAAAGAACAAAUGAAUGUGUGUCCAUCCGGUGAAUCCUUUUGAACUGGCUGAAGUGAAAGGGGAUGUUUAUUUACCCCCCCCGAACCCGACAGAGCGUCAGGACGCGAGGACGAGAGGACGGGAGGACAGGAGGCGGCAGGUGGAGGGCGAGCUGGAGGAAAAGUUGUUUUAGAGCGAAAAAGAGCGAGACGAGAUAAUUAGCUGUCGUCAGAGAGAGGGAGAAGAAAGAGGAGUAGUUUAUUCAAGCAGAUCUUUAAGUGACAGACCAAAGCCUCAAAUCAUCAGCUCAGUCAGACGCGUGGUCUUUAUAAAGAGCUGUCUGAGCGUGAAGAAGCAAUAAUUCAAACAGAAGAGUCUUUGUUCCUCUUUCUCCUUUUUCACCAAAGUCAGAGCAUCGAAUGUUCUAAUGUGAGGUCACGUCCUUGUUUUUGAAUCUUCGACGCUGACGGAAAAAAAACAACCUGCUCCUGAAUCUCCAGUUGUUCUGCAGGAUCCAGAUGUUCCAGCACAAUCAGUAUUUUUAUAACGCUGUAGUCGGAGAAUCUGCUCCGUGCAUGUGUGGAUGUCUGGAUUAAAGUUGACUUUAGAGACACGGAUCAUGAUCCCGGAUCGGAAAGUGACCGGUGGCCUCCAGAAAUGACCAGUGGGUUUUCCUGACCUCGGAAAAAAACAGCACAGAGACAGAGAGAAGUUCCCAGAAGAGACGGACACGGAGACGGACACGAGGAGGCGGCUGCAGCUGCGGUUCAGGUCCGAGCCCGGAGGAAUGAGAGGAAUGUUGGAGCCGGACUCUGGGAGAAGAGAAGCCUUGUCUCUCUCACUGCAAGUGUCUGAAAGAUCCCCAUUUAUUAUAGAGCUGUAAAUAACCUGAAGAUGAACUGGGACAUCAGUCAUUUCACCCAAAUCACAAACAAAAAAACUGUUUCCCAAUUUGUCUUUUCUCAUAUUUCACUUUUAAAAUGAAAACGAAUGUGCUAACGAAACCAAAAUUAGAGAUUUGGAUUUUUAUUCUAAUUAUCCUGAGAAAUCACAAAGUUCAACACUGGAAACGAAACCAUAACUUCAGUCACACCCGGUAAAACAAGAUCCUUUUGAUAUUUAUGAUGCUACAAAUGUUUUUGCUUUUAUUCGAAUACAACCUAAUAACCACUGACCUGAAAACUCCAUAAACAUUCACUUCAAACUGUGAGUUUAUAUAUUAUAUAAAUCAAAAGUUUAAGGCUCAAAAGCUCGAGUCGGAGCCGACGUGCUUCCUGUGAUUGACAGCCCCGCAGCAUUGUGCUGAAUCCUGAUUGAUGCUCAAAAGAAAACGACAAACUUUUCACAUGUCAGCUCAUUUUUAAACCUGUGAGAAAAACUCAGAGACACAAUCACACAAAUAAACGCGUGAAACGACCGAAGUCGACAGAACUUUGAGAAGCGGAUUUAGACAAACAAGUGUUUUGUGACCUUUUGUGUUGAACUUUGAUUUUGUCGACAUCUCUGAGGUUGUGUUGGGUCCAGUCGGUUUGAACCUGACUGAACAAAGCCAAACACUGACGCACAAUCAAGAGCCACAAGAAGCUGCUCACAGAUUCAAACUAAUAGCUUUUUAAUUCUGCUUCACAAAAAAAACCACUACACCAGAUUUCUUUUCUCUUUUCCAAUGAAGGAAUCAAGCGUUUGUACAUUUUAUAGAAAUAUAUCGUCGUCCUUUUUUUACGUCAACCUUUUGAAUAUGCAACUUGUUUUCUCGCUCUAACAAAUGAAGGAAAGUGAUUUAUUUUGAUAUUUUAAUAUUCAGACAUAGAAUCUAGUUGUUGUUGUUAAAGUGUAGAAUCUUCUUUUGUUUUUGUCUUUGUCAAAGUCGACGUGAUGUCAGUAAUUACCACGAAUGAAGGAAGCUGCACAAACCUGGGAUUUUUUUUUUUUAAUUAUCGAUUUUUUAUCUUUUCACUGCUGCAAAUUAAGUGAAUUAUGUAUUGAAAAUAGGCUACAGAAAUCAAAAAUGAAUCGCUGAUUUUGACUUUUAUUUUCUUUAAUGUAUCUGUUUGGUUUUUUUUAAAGUGGGGGAUGGAAUCACUUCUGUAAUCCUUAAAAAACAAAAACUGGAAAUAGACCUUUUAAUCGUGA